AUGAUGGGACUCGUCAAUGUGAUCACGACCGCUACAGGUCUAGCUCUGGCUGCCUCAUGCUUCGUUUCUGGAACAGCGGCCGCUGCUUGUCCUCCUAGUCGCCCGCAGGUGCCCAGCGCUGUUAUUCCGCAGGGCACGAUUAAGGGGUUCCAAGACGAGCAUUGUAACUCGGUCUUCCUGGGCAUUCCCUUUGCUGCGACCACUGGUGGAGACAACCGAUGGCGUGCGCCUCAGGAUCUCCCCAACUCCAAGUCCACUUUCAAGGCUCUCUCGUACGGUCCGACAUGCCCCCAGGCCAUCUCCAACGACCACUUCACCCAACAGGAUGAGGACUGCCUGAACCUUAACAUCUGGGCACCCUCCAAGGGCAAGAACCUGCCCGUCUUUGUGUACAUGUAUGGCGGUGCCAUGGUCACUGGCUCCAACAGCAACCCCCAGAUCCAAGGCACCAACUUUGCUCGCAAUGGCGUCGUCUAUGUCAACUUCAACACCCGCGAGAGCAUCUUCGCCUCGCCCAACUCUGCAGAGCUGAAGAAGAGCAACCCCGAUGAGUCGCAGAACUUUAGCAUCUUGGAUGUGGAAAAGGCCCUGGACUGGAUUCGCAAGAACAUUCGCGCCUUCGGUGGUAACCCCGACCACAUCGUCUUUGGUGGUCAUUCCUCCGGCGCCGUCCAAGUCGACCACUACCUCUGGAACCAUCCCAACACCUUCCUCAAGGGUGCUGUCGAGAUGAGCGCCAAUGCCGUCUCGGGACCUGCUUAUGCUCCCGUCAACCAGGCCCUCGAUGCCGUUGCCCAGGAGGUCGGUUGCCCCAAGGGCGAUGGCCAACUCGAGUGUCUUCGUGACGUCAACGUCUACGACUUCCAGACUGCCAACUUCAACUCGACCUUCAACACGUGGUUCACUCCCGUUAUUGAUGAUAUCACCCGACACUCCAACUAUGCCAGACGCUUCUCGGCUGGACGCUAUGCUUCACAAGUUCCCCUGCUAACUGGCACUUCCAACGGAGAGGGAACCAUCUUCAGCCUUGUUUACGGCGCUGAGAACGGCAACUUUAGCUCUUGGAUCAACACCUUUGACGCUGACAGCGCUCAUAUUCCUGACAAUUUGCUCAUCAACGCAUACAAGGCUUCGGAUUACGCGAGCGAGUCCCUUCGCAGCGGUGCUCAGUACGGCGAUGCUCGCUUCAACUGCCCUGUCGACUACUUCCUCGAUGUUCGAAGCAAGCGACAGGACACCUGGGUCUACCGUUUCUUUGGUGCCUACGAUAACGUCGUCGGUCCUCCCAACACUGCGCCUACACAUGGAACCGAAGUUCCCUUCUUCCAUGGCGGAAACGAGUGCUUCGAUUCUCUUCAGGGCGUCACCGACGCUCAGCAGGCUUUGGCUGAUUCUAUCCACAAGUGGUUUGUUGCCUGGAUCAAGAACCCCGCUGCUGGACCUGGUUGGAACAAGGUCUCUCAGUCAGGCGAGUUGGUCAAGCUUGGCGUUCCCGGGGAUGAGCUUUCUCUGCUCAAGGCUUCGAGAGGGCAGUUCAACGGCGUCUGCCAAUCUGUGUACAACCCUCGCUUCCCCCAGUACCCCGUUGUUCAGUCCGUCACAGCUCUCGUGCAGAAGCUUCUUGGAGACCUCUUGAGAUAG